UUGGCGGGGAGGUUGGGGCAGCCAGGGCCACACCGUCUCCCGGGGGCGCUGUAGAGCGCACCGACGUCCCGGCCGUAAAUGGUGCUGUGCGUCGCACCGUUCUCCUCUCGCGUAUUGAUUCUGGCGGUGGGACGAUUCGGGCCGCAGCCACACCGAGUACCGGCGAAGAGCUCGGGGGCACAGCCCCCACCGCCGCCAGCCAGAGCAGGCAACUGUUCUGCCGAGCCGCCAUGGAGAGCACCGAGGAGGAUAUAUGUCGGGUGUGUCGGUCAGAAGGAACACCAGAUAAACCACUUUACCAUCCUUGUGUGUGCACUGGCAGUAUAAAAUUUAUCCAUCAGGAAUGUUUAGUUCAGUGGCUCAAACACAGCAGAAAAGAAUAUUGUGAACUAUGCAAACAUCGAUUUGCUUUUACACCAAUUUAUUCUCCAGAUAUGCCAUCUAGACUUCCAAUUCAGGAUAUUUUUGCAGGACUGGUUACAAGUAUUGGUACAGCAAUAAGAUACUGGUUCCAUUACACAUUGGUGGCCUUUGCAUGGCUGGGAGUUGUACCUCUUACAGCAUGUCGUAUCUACAAAUGUUUGUUUACUGGCUCUGUGAGCUCACUGUUGACAUUGCCACUGGAUAUGUUAUCCACAGAGAAUUUGCUGGCAGACUCUUUGCAGGGUUGUUUUGUGGUAAUGUGCACACUAUGUGCAUUCAUUAGCCUUGUCUGGUUACGAGAACAGAUUGUACAUGGUGGAGCUCCACAGUGGCUAGAACAAAAUCAUGCUCAACCACCCAAUGGAGUGGGGCAACCGAAUGAGCCUCAAGCUGCACCAAAUGCUCCAGCGGAGAAUCCCCAGAAUCCUCAGCAAGCUGAAGAGCCAGAUGGAGAUGCAGCAGCGGCAGCGGCUCCUGUAGUGGCGGAGAAUGCCAACGUUCGUGCAGAUGAAGGUGAAAAUGAGGAUGAUGAGAAUGAGGACGACGAUGAUGCAGUGGUUGAAGAUGGCGCUGAUGCCAACAAUGGUGCUCAAGAUGACAUGAACUGGAAUGCACUAGAAUGGGAUAGGGCUGCAGAAGAACUUACAUGGGAACGUAUGCUUGGAUUGGAUGGUUCCCUUGUAUUCUUGGAACAUGUCUUCUGGGUAGUUUCUUUAAAUACGCUUUUUAUUCUUGUGUUUGCAUUCUGUCCUUACCACAUCGGACACUUCUCAGUAGUUGGUUUGGGUUUUGAGGAGUAUAUGCUGGAAAUUCAAGCAACACACAUCAAAGUUGCUGGUGAACGCAGCAGGCCAGGCAUGAAGGUCGGCCUUCACAGCCCGGUUCAAGCCUCACAUUUUGAAGGCCUGAUAACAACAAUAGUUGGCUAUGUGUUGCUGGCUAUGACUUUAAUAAUCUGUCAUGGGUUGGCUGCACUGGUGAAGUUUCAGAGAUCCCGGCGUUUAUUGGGUGUCUGCUAUAUUGUUGUUAAGGUAUCUCUGCUGGUAGUUGUAGAAAUUGGUGUGUUCCCGCUUAUCUGCGGAUGGUGGCUUGAUAUAUGCUCACUGGAAAUGUUUGAUGCUACCUUGAAAGACCGCGAGCUGAGUUUUCAAUCUGCACCUGGCACCACAAUGUUUCUGCAUUGGCUGGUGGGAAUGGUCUAUGUCUUCUAUUUUGCAUCUUUCAUUCUUCUACUCAGGGAGGUGUUGAGACCUGGCGUCUUAUGGUUUUUAAGAAAUUUGAAUGAUCCAGACUUUAACCCUGUUCAAGAGAUGAUCCAUUUACCCAUAUAUAGACAUUUCAGGCGCUUCAUAUUGUCUGUGAUUGUCUUUGGAUCGAUAGUCCUUCUGAUGUUGUGGUUACCAAUUCGUAUUAUUAAGACUCUGCUACCUGACUUUCUGCCAUACAAUGUAAUGCUUUACAGUGAUGCCCCAGUCAGUGAGCUGUCAUUGGAGUUGCUGCUUUUGCAGGUCGUUUUGCCAGCUCUACUGGAACAGGGACACACGCGACAGUGGUUGAAGGGGCUGGUUCGAGCUUGGACAGUCACAGCUGGGUAUUUACUAGAUCUACAUUCGUAUUUGCUUGGAGACCAGGAGGAAAAUGAAAAUAAUGCCAAUCAGCCAGCAAACAACAAUCAGCAGCCUCGCAAUAACAACGCAAUCCCGAUAGUUGGUGAAGGGCUUCAUGCAGCCCACCAGGCCAUACUGCAACAGGGUGGGCCAGUAGGCUUCCAGCCUUAUCGGAAGCCUUUACAGUUUCCUCUUAGGAUCCUCUUAUUGGUCAUCUUCAUGUGUCUAACGUUGCUGAUUGCCAGUCUCAUCUGCCUCACACUACCAGUUUCAGCAGGUCGUUGGCUGAUGUCAUUUUGGACUGGGAGUGCCAAAAUUCAUGAGCUAUACACAGCUGCCUGUGGAUUGUACAUCUGCUGGUUAACUAUCCGAGCAAUUACAGUACUAGCUGCUUGGAUGCCACAGGGCCGAGAUGUUAUUUUUCAGAAACUAAAGGAGUGGUCCCUUAUGAUUGUGAAAACAUUAAUAGUGGCUUUGUUGUUGGCUGGAAUGGUUCCACUCCUUUUAGGACUCUUGUUCGAAUUAGUUAUCGUAGCUCCCUUGAGAGUACCUCUGGAUCAGACACCUCUCUUUUACCCUUGGCAGGACUGGGCUCUUGGUGUUCUUCAUGCAAAAAUAAUUGCUGCUAUAACGCUGAUGGGACCUCAGUGGUGGCUGAAAACCGUUAUUGAACAGGUCUAUGCAAAUGGAAUUCGAAACAUCGAUUUGCAUUUUAUAAUUUGCAAACUAGCAGCGCCGGUCAUUGCAGUGUUGCUGCUGUCUCUCUGCCUGCCCUAUGUCAUUGCUGCAGGCAUUGUGCCACUGCUGGGUGUGACCACAGAGAUGCAGAAUCUAGUCCAGCGUCGAAUUUAUCCUUUCCUUCUAAUGGUGGUGAUAUUGAUGGGAGUCUUGUCCUUCCAAAUCCGCCAGUUCAAGCGCCUAUAUGAGCACAUUAAAAAUGAUAAGUAUCUCGUUGGUCAGCGGCUUGUUAACUAUGAGCGAAAGAUGGGUAAACAAACAACGUCAACUGCUUCACCUUCUUCCGAAGAGUAGUCGGUGUUGGCUGACUAUCUCAUCCUCCUACCACAAAACCCUCCGAACUCUCCCCAAUCCGAACCUCUUCCUUUUCCCCGUUGUUUACGUACAGCAAAAAAGUCCUACAGUCUGUCUGGUAACUGUAUAUGUGUAAAUAUAAUGAACAUUCUGAGCCCCUUUAAAGAUAAAUGAAUGUGCAUUGUAAAUCUUAAAAUAUGUAUAUUAAUUUAUUAAAUGUAGUCAUCACUUUAUUUGGACUGUUGUCCUACAUUUUGGGAGUGACAGUGGCAGAGAGGCAAUAUAAUGAGGUGUUUGGAUACUUCAUAAACUCACUUUUUUAGAAAUGUUCAUAAUGGCUGAUGUUUUAAUACAGAAUAAAAAUAAACUAUUAAAUGGGAAAAGAAAAACCAACUGCAAAUGAAUGACAGUAAUAAGAGCUUUUAUUUAAUUUUGACAAUUUCUGGCAACAGCAAUAUAUGUUUAGCCAUACAGUGUAAAUAUACUUAUGUAAAUCUGUGAUCAUCCAUAUUGAUAGCAGUGAUGGAUCAUGAUGAUAACACCAUCAAAACGGCCCAAGCUACAUAACACACAUAACUGGUGCAAGUAGUGUUUGUGUAGAUUUGGCAAAAUGUCACAUAUCCUGCAUCUGUUCAACCACAGUCACAAAAUUAACUCCAUAAUGCAAUUCUAAUUUUUUGUGGUAUGGAAUUUGGGGGACAGGUUUGGUUUUACACUAUCUAAGUUAACACAUUGGCACUCUUGUUAUCGUAAAGUUGAUAUUACUGUGCUUAGCUCAGACACUGAAGGAUGUCUAGCUUUUCCAACAUCGACACAAUUCAAAAUUAACUUUGGAAGCAUUCCCUUGAAUAUGUAGUCAUAUUCAGCUGUACUGUGCAAAUACCCAGUACUGUGGCCAUCCAAAAUGUUUAGUCAUAUUCUAAAGAGAUCUUGCUGAGCAGUUACGAUCUGGUGAUAUAUAUGGAUACAUAGGGUGCCUGAAAUUUUUGCACAGUACUGUAUUUGUCAACAUGGAGCAGAGAGCAAGUUUGUAAAUCUGGCGGGAGCAAAUGAUGUUACAAAUCGUGACACUGGAGCACCAUGAAAGGGUUGUGGGACAGGUGGCAGAGGAGGAAUGCCAGGGGUGGGGGGUGGCACAGGUGCAGACACACCCAGUCCUGAGACACCAGGCAAGGUAAUUUGAUUCCAAACGAUCUGUUAAUUGAUCAUUACAGAAUGUCUCUCUGGUGCUUCCCACUCCUUCUGCUGUCCCUUCUUCUUUUCCCAAUCCUGAUUCCCCUCUCCCUACCACCUUCCCACCCUUUGUGCACAAUAGAGACCAAUACUAGAAUCAGGUUUAUCACUCGUGUAUGUCAUGAUUUUUUGUGACAGCGGUACGGUGCAAUACGUAAGAUUACUGCAGUACUAUACAAAAGUCUUGGGCACCCAUACUUCUGUACUGUAUAAAUUUUCAGUAUGAACUUAAUUCCUUUUGAUGGUUUUUUAAGUUCUAUUCUAAAUGUAGAUGAUGAAAGUGGGUAUACGCUUAAAUUGGAUAAUAGUUAUUGUGAUUUUCCUGGAUUUUAUUACAUUUUAGCAUGAUUUAUAUCAAAAAAUCAUUGAAAAAGUGACAUGCAAAAUUUGAUCUUUAAUCUCAAACUUAUAGUGCAAAUUCUUGCAUUGCUUAUAAUUAGCAUUAAAAAUUGAAAAGUCUACUGCAAGCAUUAAAAAUCCAAAUCCACUUUAUUAUCCAAAUCAUCACUUAUACAAUAAUCAUCAACCUAGAACUACUUAUGGACAAUAGUUUCUCCAAUUUCUGAAGUUUAUUUUAUAUAUAAGUUUGCUUCACAAGUCGUCCCUGUUUAAGACCUUAAAUAUGCAGAGAAAAACAUACAACAUGCUGAAGGAACUCAGCAGAUCAGGCAACAUCUAUGGAAAGUAAUAAACAGUUGACAUUUCAGGCCGAAAGCCUUCUUCAUCAGGACUGCUUUGAUGAGCAUCUGUGCCUUAAGUUUAACUUCUGUUGGAACACCAGUUGUAGGCAUCAAUCAAUAUUCCAGUUCAUAUUUGAAUUUCAUAUAUUAAGUGUUUUAGUUACACACUAAAUAUAUUAAUAUUUGGAAUAUUGAAAAUAUCAAAGAAGCUACUGUGAAUAUCAGCAGCAGUUUCCUGGUUUAUUAACAAGGUAUCUUGAGGCAUUCAAAGUAGAAUUUAUACGGCCAGAGAAAGUUCAGUCUUCCACUUUUACAAUACCCUGUACUUAACCUUCGGUGCUCAUUUCAAGUGUGUUUGAUCAUAAAUAUUCAGUCAGUCAUUUUCUAUUUAUUUUUCAGUAAUUUCUCUAAUAGAAUGAUAGCAUCAAACCAUGAUCAUGUUGACCAUUGUACUUAGAAUCUCCUGUGCACCUUCUCCAUGCUAUCACAUCCCUCCUGUGGUGUGCUGGCAAUAACUGUACACAGUGCUCCAGGUGUGGCAGGCCAUUAUUUUAUAAAGUUGGAACAUGAUGCCUUGCUCUUGUAAUCUAUGCUACAGAUGAUGAAGGCAAGCAUUGCAUUAACUGUCUUCGCUACCCUCUUAACUGCACUAUUGCUUUCAGGGAGCUAUGGGCCUGUGCUGCAGAGGUGUGCUCUCAAGCAUUGGCACCUAGGCCUUACCAUUUACCUUGCAUGAUAUUCACCUGCUUCUUCUGUCGUUUCAUUUACCUACUGUCAAAGAAAAAAUUGAGAGCCAGCUUUGUUGCAGGCAGGACAACAGCUGGAUCAUCAAAUUCCAUUCUUAAAUAGGUAUUAUGCCUCAUUGACAUAAUUUUUCUUAUGGUUCAUUUGAGUGAAUCAAAUAAGUUGUCAUAUUUUCCAAAAUAGUAAAAUGUUUCAAAGUGUCUUUUUUAAAUUGUUACUGUUAAUGUUCACCAAGUCUCAAGUUUUGUUCAACAAAAUGUUACAGUAAUUACAGCAACAAGACUAUCUUUGUCCAAUGUACACUGUAUUGUAUGCUACUUUGGCUAUAUUAGAAGAUUGACUACACCAGUUUAUAUCAGUUGAUCAAAAAAAAAGCUGAAAAAUGGAUGGGAAAAGGAAGUUUUAGUUUGGUAGAGACAAUAUAAGAUGUCACUCGAUUCUUAUCUGAAGAUGGAAAAUAUUAAUGACUUUCUAUGAUUGUGUUAAAGAUUCAAGAGUGUUUAAUGUUAUUUCCUGUACACAAGUGUAAGGCAAACAAAAUAAUUGUUACUCUGGAUCUGAUCCAGCACAAAAAAAAACACGAGAUAAAAAAACACAAUUUAUAAACACAAUAAAUUUAAAUACGUAAGAUAGCUUGUAUACAUAGUUUGGUUGUAUGUCCAUGAAGUGAUGCCAGGCAGUACAUAAGGUGACUGAUGGGAAAUAAUAAAGUAGUAGUGAAGAUAGUGGGUGGGGUUUUGCUGAUCAGCCUUGCUGCUUAGGGAAAGUAACUGUUUCUGAGACUGGUGGUCUUGGUGAGGUCGCUACGUAGCAGCCAUGAACAGUGUUGGUGGGAUCCUUCAUGAUCCUUUUCACACUUUAAAGUAUUUAUGUCCUUGAUGGUGGGCAGAUUUGACUACCUGUUUUUAGAGUCUUCUUGCCCACCACAGUAGUUUCUGUACCAGGCAGCGAAUUGACUUUACUACCUUGCAAUUGAAUGAUGUAGAAAGUCCACCUCUCUUCAGCCACAGCAAGCAGAGACAUUAGUGAGCUUUGUUGACUGUGUAAUAUGUGGGUAAUCACAUUUGUGUGGAUGCUGUGUAAUGUAUCACCC